UAAAAAAAUAAUCCAUUAUUUUGAAUGAAAUUGCAACUAGGAAUUUUUAUUACUUACAUAACAUUAUGUUAUGCUCAAACAUGUUCCAGUCCACAAAUUGAAGUGUGUUGUGAAGAUUUUGUUGGCAUUGCUCAAAAUCGGUUGGGAACAGACUGUGCUCGAGCUCCAACUAGCGGUUGUCCUUCAAAUACUUCACAUGGUUGCUGUCUUUCCGUCGCAAAUGGUUAUGGUACUAUGUGCAGCACCUGAUAAAUAAUAUAAACUGAAUUAUUAAAUAAAUAAAUAAUCAUAAUUUAUGAAUUCAUAAAAAAA